AUGCAGCACCCGCUGGAAUUGGGCGCCGCGCGCUACUUCCCGGCCGAAGCCUUUCCCGACCACCGCUCCCACCGCUACCGCAGCUUCAUGAUCGAGGAGAUCCUCACCGACCCCCCGGACGCCAAGGGGGCCGCGCCGGCCGGCGAGCUGCUCAAGUUCGGGGUGCAGGCGCUGCUCUCUGCCCGGCCCUACCACAACCACCUCGCGGUGCUGAAGGCGGAGCCGGCCGCCGUGUUUAAGUUCCCGCUGGCUCCCCUGGGCUGCUCGGGGCUGGGCUCGGCGCUGCUGGCCGCCGGCUCGGGGCUGCAGGGCGGCUCCGCCUCGCCGCAUCUCCCGCUGGAGCUGCACCUCCGCGGGAAGCUGGAGCCGGGGCCCCCGGAGCCGGGCAAGGCCAAGAAGGGCCGCCGCAGCCGCACCGUCUUCACCGAGCUGCAGCUCAUGGGGCUGGAGAAGCGCUUCGAGAAGCAGAAAUACCUCUCCACGCCCGACAGAAUAGACCUGGCCGAAUCGCUGGGGCUCAGCCAGCUCCAGGUGAAAACCUGGUACCAGAACAGGCGCAUGAAAUGGAAGAAAAUAGUGUUGCAGGGGGGCGGCCUGGAGUCCCCCACCAAGCCCAAGGGCCGCCCGAAGAAGAACUCGAUCCCCAGCAGCGAGCAGCUCUCGGAGCAGGAGCGCGCCCGGGAUGCCGAGAAGCCGCCCGAGAGCCUGGGCUCGCCGGCCGAGGUCAGCCAGGAGGAGUGA